AUGUAUAAUGACAUGGACUUUGACGUGGCCGCCAACGACAUUUCCGAGCAGGUGGUUGUAAUACGCGAUCCCGAGUUGGCAAUGACAAUAGAAAAAUGGGUGUUAAAGCUGACUGCGGAGAACCGGGGUGCAAAUGAGCUUAAGUACCUACAACUGUUGCAGUACAUGAUGGCCCGCGGGCGGAUCAACGGACCAUUCGUGAGAGAUCCACCGCCGGGUCCCCUGGUGCCGUUAAGUCGAUACGUAAAUCCCCCUCCUUGCAGUGGUCACGGCCGGGGUAGUGGUGGAGUCGAGUGUUGGCAGACGAGCAACUGUAGCAGGGCCGCGCAGACGAGGUGCGACGAAAUGGACGUUGACUAUGAGGAAGARGAAUUUGGAGAGCAGACCGACAACGAAGCCAACAACAACGAAACAACAGAAAACGGCGACAAGAUCUGCGAUGAMCAAGACGUCGUUGAAGAUUUGCAUCAUAGUAACGACGGGGAACUUCAAGCGCCGCCCUUGCAGGAAGAGAUUGCAGGUGAAAACGACGGGGUGCAGGAAAAACGUGAUGGUCAUUUGGCGGGUGGCGGUGGCGGAGAGGAGUGCCGUGGCGGCGAGAAGGGCRCCUCAAAGAAAAACCCAUUCGCCAAACUGUGCAACYCCUGUUUGGAUAAUUUUGGUCGGCAUUUGCUAAAAAGACAACCAGGACCGAUGGACGCAGCUUACAGGGACUUACUAGGAGACUGCGCGCUGCCUGUUCUCAGUGACGCUGAAAAGAAGACUGUCUGUCCGGAGCUGUUGCAGAUUUUGGAGAACGUUAACGACACCACAACGUUACAAGACUUUUACUUCCAGGUGUCGCUUUGCACGUGCGACCAGGGCGCACUACUGAUGAAGUUGUCGGACGGCAUGGUGGAUGACUUCAGGACGUUUGUGUCAGACGUGUUCGAGAGCCGCACGGAACACAUCAGCGACGGUUUGGCCAAAGAGCAGAUGGCACUGUGCGAAAAAUACGCAUACCUGUACGACAGGACGCUGAACCGGGCAACGGUGGCUCUGGACUUCCUGCGGGAAGCCAUGCCAGUGUUCAGCUGGCACAAAUACCAGGCGGAACCGGAUGAGUUCUUGAAACGGACCAUAUUGCGGCGGGCGGCGGUCGUAGCCGCGUCAUCCGGAGACGCAGCGGCGGCGUCGGCCACCGACGGUGACGGACGUCCAUCGAACGCACCCGCUCCGGUUGCCGAUGAUGAUAUGGCCGUGGCGUCUGGUGGUGAAGACGACGGUGGCGCCCAGCAAUCUGUCAUAAAAAAACUAUUGUACAGAAUCAAUUGGCUGCGAACCGAAGUGGCUCGGGUGGACUGCGAGGGACAGCGUCUAUACGAACAGCACAGCGAACUAACAGUCAACCUGGCUGAUCUCAACCGCCGUCUGUCCGACGCUCAGUGCCGAUCGUCCAGCGACAUUGAACGUCACAAAAAUGAACUCACCGUGCUCCGACAACGAUCGGCCGAGCAGACAGCGAUCAUCGAUCGGCUCAUGGAGACCAUUCAGUUGACCAUGCAGGACAAGCAGCCUUCGUCCGCUGGAUGUUAG